CAACAUAUCAGUCACCAUGUCAACUCCAUCCGGCAAACAUCUCGCCGCCGUCGUUCCCCAAAAGGGUGGCCCUCUAACCAUCGUCGAGCGCACCACCCCAACAUGCGGCCCAAAGCAACUCCUAAUCGAAGUCCACGCCAUCGCAUUCAACCCCGUGGACUGCUACCAAAGAGACAUGGGAAUCUUCAUCGAAGAAUACCCGGCCGUCAUAGGCUCAGAUGUCGCAGGUAUCAUCGUUGAAACGGGCAGUGACCUCAGUCCCAGCACCCCGACAACCGGCACACGAGUUACUGCCCUUGCAAGCUCGUUCUACCACAAGGGUAGUCCCGAUCACGGGGCUCUACAGAAAUACGUCCUUGUGAGCGAAGAUACUAUUGCUGUUUUGCCGGACUCCUUUUCGUUUGUGGAGGGCUGUGUUUUUCCAAUGGCGGCGCUUACGUCGUGGAAUGGGUGGCUUUGGGCCGGGAUUUCGCGAGAGCCUAUCUCGCCGUCCGAGAAGAAAGGCGUGCUCGUGUGGGGUGCUUCGAGCAGUAUGGGGGCCCUUGCUGUGCAAGGUGCGAAGAAUAUGGGUUAUACCGUUUUCGCCACGGCAAGUCCGCAGCAUCAUGAAUACCUGAAGACGCUGGGUGCAGCCCGUGUCUUUGAUCACAAGGCGGAAAACGUUACUUCCAAGAUUCUGGAUGCUGCGAAGGAAGAUGGUAUCACCAUUCGAGUUGCUUAUCAUGCUACCGGUGUGCAGCAGGUCUCUGCUGAUACUAUCAGCAAGCUGGCCGUCGGUGACCAAGGCAAGCUCGCAAUUGCACCAAUUGUGGACCAGAGCUUGAAUGUUCCAGAGAAUGUUGAGAGUGCUUUUGUGAGUGCACCGGAUGACCCCGAGGGGCGAGAGGAGAGGUUGAAUUGGAUCUUUGGAACUUGGUUGCAAGAGAGUCUUGCAGCUAAGCGGUUGAUGGCGAGUCCGAAGAUCAAGAUCAUUGAAGGAGGCUUAGAGUCUGCUAACAAGGCAUUGGAUGAGUUGAUGGCCGGGGUCAGCUGCACAAAGCUUGUUAUUGAGAUCUGA